GAAACACCUUGUAGAAAAGAUCACUUUGCAUUUUACUCGCCGCGCCACAUUGCCCUUCAAGUAGCAUGCCACCAUCGCCUCAGUCGGCCGACGCCUUUCUCCAGGACGGCUCGGACGCCUUCCACGCAUCACUGGCUGCGCAGCUCGAGACGUCGAUGGGCAAGGCCAUGCCGCAGAUGGAAAUCCGCUUCCAGGACCUCUCCAUUUCGGCCGAUGUCUCCGUCGCCACCAAGGACGGCCAUGAGCUCCCGACGUUACUCAACCACGUCAAGAAGAUUGCGCGCGGCCUCGCUCGCAAGAAGCGUUCGAUCCGAAAAGAUGUGCUGCACCCGAUGUCCGGUGUUUUCAAGCCCAGCACGACGACGCUCCUCCUCGGCCAACCCGGCUCGGGCAAAUCGUCGCUCAUGAAGAUCCUCUCGGGUCGCUUUCCCAUGCACAAGAACAUCACGGUGGGCGGCAACGUCACGUACAACGGCGCCAAGUCCGAGGACGUCAAGGCGCAGCUGCCGCAGUUCACGGCCUACAUGAACCAGCGCGACUUUCACUACCCGACCUUGACCGUCAAGGAGACGCUCGAGUUUGCCCAUGCAUGCAGUGGCGGUGCCGCCGUGCCUCAGCGCGUCCUCGACUCGCUGGAAUACGGCUCGCCCGAAGAGAACGCACAAGCCAAGGCUGUGAUUCAGUCGCUCUACAACGUCUACCCGGACAUUAUCACGCGCCAGAUGGGUCUCAAGAUCUGCGAAGACACGAUCGUCGGCAACGCGAUGCUCCGCGGUGUCUCGGGCGGCGAGCGCAAGCGUGUGACCGUCGGCGAGAUGGAGUUUGGCAUGAAGCAGGUCUCGUUCAUGGACGAGAUCAGCACGGGGCUCGACUCGGCGGCAACGUACGAUAUCGUCAAGUCGCAGAAAGGCAUGGCCGAGUCGCUCAAGAAGACGAUCGUGAUUGCGCUGCUGCAGCCGUCGCCCGAAGUCUACAACCUCUUUGAUGACGUCCUCCUCCUCAACGAAGGCCACGUCAUGUACCACGGUCCGCGGUCGCUGGCUCUCGAGUAUUUCGAGUCGCUCGGCUUCAAGUGCCCGCCCAAGCGUGACGUGGCGGACUUUCUGCUCGACCUUGGCACGCCGCAGCAGGCGCAGUACGUCGCCUCUGGUGCCUCGCUGGCAACGGUUCCUCGGUCGCCCAGCGAGUACGCAGAGCUCUUCCGCCAGUCGGCCAUCUACAGUGCGAUGAUGAGCCACGUCAAAGGCCCGCAUCACCCACUGCUUCUCGCGGCGUCCGAGAAGCACAUGUCCGAGAUGCCGGCGUACCAAGUGCCAUACAUGGAGAGCACCAAGAUGCUCAUUGCACGUCAGCUCAAGGUCUUUUUGCGCAACACGGCGUUCGUCAAGAGCCGUCUCUUCAUGGUAUUGCUGAUGGGUCUUCUGUACUCGUCGACGUUCUACCAAGUCGACGCAGAGAACCCGGUCGUCGUCCUUGUGCCCAUGAUGCCGGCGGUCUUGGAAGCGCGCGAGAUCUACUACAAGCAGCGGUCGGCCAACUUUUUCCGGACCUCGUCGUUCAUUCUGGCGCAGUCGUUCACCCAAGUGCCGUUCGCCUUGGGGGAGACCUUGGUGUUUGGUGCCAUCAUGUACUGGAUGACGGGCUUUGUGUCGACGGCCGGCGCGUUCCUCACGUACCUUCUCAUGCUCUUUCUAACCAGCUUAUCGUUUGCCGCGUGGUUCUUCUUCCUCGCGGUCGUCUCGCCCGAUCUCCAUGUCGCCAAGCCGCUCUCGAUGAUGGCGAUCCUUGUUUUCUGGUGCGUGCGCGCACUGGCCAUCAACCAGUACUCGUCGGCCGAGUUUCAGCAAUCGACGUACAACGGCCGUGACUACCUCAAGCUGCGCGGUGACACCAUGGGCAACUACAUGCUCAAGACGUUUGGUCUCCAGACGGACACGAUCUGGAUAUGGUACGGCGCCAUCUACCUCGCGGCGUCCUACUUUGUCUACCUCGGUCUUUCGUACCUCGCCCUCGAGUACAAGCGCUACGACGCGCCCGAGAACGUCUCGGUGAUGGUUGACGAAGAAGACGACACAGCCGACGCAUACACCAAGGCACCCAAGACUCCAGCCAACGCUGUCGACGGACAAGUGGCAGUGCAUGUCGCUGGCGCAUCGUCGUCGUCCGCGCCAGUGGCACUCGCGUUCAAGGACCUCUGGUACUCGGUGCCCAACCCAACCAAGGGCGAGCCGGACCUCCAGCUGCUCAAGGGUAUCAACGGCUACGCUCUUCCCGGCACGAUCACGGCGCUCAUGGGCUCGUCCGGCGCCGGCAAGACCACCUUGAUGGACGUCAUUGCCGGUCGCAAAACAGGCGGCAAGAUCGAAGGUCAGAUCCUCCUCAACGGCUACGCAGCCACGGACCUCGCGAUCCGUCGUGCGACGGGCUACUGCGAGCAGAUGGACAUCCACAGCGAGAGCGCGACGUUCCGCGAGGCGUUCCAGUUCAGCGCGAUGCUCCGCCAGUCGGACGAGAUCCCAACGGAAGAGAAGAUGGCGUUUGCGGAAGAGUGCCUUGAGCUCCUCGACAUGAAGAACCUCGGCGACAAGAUCAUUCGUGGCGCGUCGGUCGAGCAGAUGAAGCGUCUGACGAUCGGUGUCGAGCUUGCGGCGGCGCCGAGCAUCCUCUUCUUGGACGAGCCGACGUCCGGUCUCGACGCUCGGUCGGCCAAGAUCAUCAUGACGGGCAUCCGCAAGAUCGCCUCGACAGGUCGCACCGUCGUCUGCACGAUCCACCAGCCGUCGACCGAGGUGUUUGAGAUGUUCGACUCGCUCCUCCUUCUCAAGCGCGGUGGCGAGACCGUCUUCUUUGGCGACCUCGGCACGAACGCGAGCCAUUUGAUCAGCUACUUCAAGUCGAUUCCCAACACGCCGCCGCUUGUCGAGGGUGCGAACCCGGCGACGUGGAUGCUCGAAGUCAUUGGUGCCGGUGUCGAAGCCAAGAACACCAACUUGCCGCCCAACGACUACGUCCGCAUCUUCAACGGCUCGAACGAACGCGGUCUUCUCGCGGCGGCGCUCGAUCGCCACGCUGCGCCGCACCCGUCGCUGCCCGAGCUCACGUUUGGCAAGAAGCGUGCGGCGUCGUCGUCGACGCAGUUCAAGAUGGUCACGCAGCGCUUCUUCCGCAUGUACUGGCGCACGCCGUCGUACAACUACACGCGCGCGAUGCUCUCGAUCAUCCUCGCGGUGCUCUUUGGUUUGGUCUACCGCGGUGUCGACUAUGCGACGUACAUUGGCGCCACCGGCGGCGUCGGCAUGAUCUUCAUGACGUCGCUCUUCGUCGGUUUGAUCUCGUUCAACAGUGUGCUGCCGCUCGCCUCGGAGGAACGCGCGUCGUUCUACCGCGAGCGCGCGUCGCAGACGUACAACGCGCUCUGGUACUUUGUCGGGUCGACGCUGGCCGAGAUCCCGUACUGCCUCGUCACGACGUUUGCUUUCACCAUCAUCUUUUACCCGUUUGUUGGCUUGAACGAGUCGGUCGGCGCGUGCCUCUUUUACGGCCUCAACCUCUCGCUCCUCGUCUUGAUGAACGUCUACUUUGGUCAGCUCAUGUCGUACUGCAUGCCCCGCGUCGACGUUGCUGCGCUCAUGGGUGUCCUCCUCAACUCGGUAUUCUUCCUCUUCAUGGGCUUCAACCCGCCAGGGUCGCAGAUCCCGAGCGGCUACCGCUGGUUGUAUCACAUCACACCGCAUAAGUACUCGGUCGCACUUCUCGUCGCUGAGACGUUCGCCAAGUGCACGGACGGCAGCCAGCUCGGGUGCCAGAUCAUGCCCGAAGACGGUAUUCCGCCAAGCUUGUCGGCGGCGCUCGGCACCAAGAACGUGACGGUCGCCAAGUACGUCGAGCACGUGUACGAGAUGAAGUUUGACGAUCGGUGGAGUAACUUCGGCGCGGUCAUUGGCUUCAUUUGCUUGUGGCGCAUCCUCGCGCUGCUCUCGCUUCGCUAUAUCAACCACCAAAAGAGAUAAGC